AAAUAUCUUUUGACCUUCACAUUUCUACAGUAUUCACGACCACGACAGACUUACCCUUCACCACUUCAAUCUCUACCAUCUUUUCUCUCUACUACAAUUUUCGGUGAAACACAGCACAACAUAUACCCCAUUUCCUUCAACGCACAUACGAAGGAGACGAAUCCAAAAUACCAAUUAAGAACUGGGGCUUCAUCUUUCUUCUUUUCUACCUUGUUUACGCUGAGGGAACCAAGCCAUGGCCUCCAAGCUGCUUUUGCAGAGAAGGCUCUUCAGGUUCUUGCAACUUUCGCCAUCUUCCUUUUGUUCCUCGUCUUCUUCUUCCAUUGGGUCCCCAUGCCAUUCUGUCAAAGCAGCAGAAACCCUAAGUCUCUCAACUUCUUCUAGAAGCUUCUGCUCUCAGAAGUCCAAUCUUGUUGAUGAAUCUCAUGGCCCCACACCUAUUGAUUACCGUUCUCUACUAGAGGAGGGUGAAUUCCAUAGCCUGGCUGAUACCACGAUACAUAGCCUUCAAGAGAAAUUUGAGGACUAUGGAGACUCUAUUGACCUUGAUGGAUUUGACAUAGACUAUGGGAAUGAUGUUUUGACUAUCAAACUUGGGGAGCUGGGCACCUACGUAUUGAACAAACAGACACCAAAUAGACAACUUUGGCUGUCUUCACCAGUGAGUGGUCCGUCUAGGUUUGAUUGGGAUCAGGAUACUAAAGCAUGGAUUUAUAGGCGGAACAAAGCAAAGUUAUAUAAAAUUUUAGAAGUUGAGUUAGAGCAGCUGUGUGGCAAACCUAUUGUUCUUUCCUAAGCUGUUGAGAAUCUGCUGCCUAAUCUUAAUUUUAAAUUUAAAAGGGAAAUCAUUGGACGAUGUUGACGAUUCUUUGGCGUUCCGAUUUAAGCAUUGUUUGCUCCUUUGCUGCCUUUAAGGGAAUUAAUUAUUAUAUCAGUUCUUUUACAGUCGUGAAGUGAUUGUAUCUUCUAAAUAAUCGGCUCUACAUAAAAUUCAUGUGGCAAUAUGUUGGCAUUAGUUUACUGUUUUGAAGAAUUACAAUUGCAACGGAAAUUGUUGUUAGUUAGUUAGCAUCUUAUUUGAGAUUUAGACACAUAGAUAAGUAUGCUUGAAUUAUUUAUAAAAAUGUAGUCGAGAAGUAGUUAAUAAUCCCUCCAAAUGGUUGUUUCGAUGGGUGUGGCGAGUACCUCCAGAAGCACUUAAUUCCUGAAGUUUUUUAUUUGACAGAACUUUGUUGUUAACUUGUUAUCACAAUUACAAAGGCUAUGGAAUAUGGUAUGUUAGACUCCUA